AUGGGUUUAGAAUUGAAUGUUGCGACAAUAUCAUUGCUAUUAAUAUUGUUAACUUCCACUAGAACUAUUAAUGCCCAAACCAAAGUCUUUGAUGUGAGAAAUUAUGGAGCAAAGCCUAAUGUUGAUAUCACCGAGGCUGUGACACAAGCUUGGAAAGAUGCAUGUGCAUAUCCAGGUUCAAGUAAAGUUGUGGUUCCAGAAGCAAUAUACAGGGUUGGCGCAGUAAAUUUUAAUGGCCCUUGCAAGGGUCCUAUAGAGUUUAAUGUUCUAGGAAGCAUACAUUCCCCAGGAGACCCCAAAUAUUUCAAGGGGGAUUCCUGGAUCGGUUUUGAACGUAUCGACCACUUAACUGUGUCAGGCACUGGAGAUUUUGAUGGCCAAGGAGGAACCGCUUGGGGUAGAAGUGAUUGUUCAAAAAAUAGCUACUGCAUCUAUCUUCCCAUUAGCAUACGGUUUGACUUCGUCACCAAUUCAAUAGUCCGGGAUAUAACAUCAUAUAACAGCAAACAAUUCCACAUCAAUGUUUUUGGGAGUCAAAAUCUUACAUUCGAACACAUUACCAUCAAAGCACCUGAAAAUAGCCCGAAUACUGACGGAAUUCACAUUGGACAUUCAACCAAGAUUAAUGUGAUUAAUUCAAAGAUUUCAACUGGUGAUGAUUGUGUCUCCCUCGGUGAUGGCAGCCGGGAUAUACUUAUCCAGGGAGUAAAUUGUGGACCAGGUCAUGGAAUUAGCAUAGGAAGUCUUGGUAAGUACCAGAAUGAACAGCCUGUGUCUGGGGUCCAAGUUAUUGGCUGCACUCUUACAAACACAGAAACUGGCGUGAGAAUCAAAACAUGGCCUGAUUCGUAUCCUGGCUCAACCUCUGAUAUUCAUUUUGAGAACAUUAUCAUGGAUAACGUCGACACUCCAAUCCUCAUAGACCAAGAGUACUGCCCAUGGAAUCAGUGCAAAUCACAGAAUCCUUCUAAGGUCAAGAUCAGCAAUGUUAGCUUCAAGAACAUAAGAGGCACUUCUCGGACUAAGGACGCUGUCAAGCUUGUUUGCAGUAAGGCACUACCAUGUCAGAAUGUGGAGCUUCGUGACAUAGACCUCAAAUACAAUGGAAAAGAUGGCCCUGCUACUUCCCGAUGUGUUUAUGUCAAUCCCAUCAUCGGUGGCCACCAGAAUCCUUCUGCUUGCACCAUCAAAACUCUUAACAAGAAAGGUUAA